CCGACUUUGUCUCACUGCCACGGACGUCGUCCUCUGCUCUGCUUCUCCGAAGUCUCUUCGUCCACGUACCUGUCGUCCAUCAUGAGCUCAUCCAACUUCGACUUAGCCCCAAAAGGCCUCAAGGAGCUGUUCCUCAAGCACGCCGGCAAAAGCGGCAAAAAGGACAGCAUGAACAAGGGAGAGCUGAAGGCCUUGCUGCAUGAGCUGUUCCCGGGACUGCUUGAGAAUGCCAAAGACCCGGAAGCAUUGGACAAGCUGAUGAAGGCGCUGGACCACAACAACGACUGCGAGGUGGACUUCAACGAGUUCGUGGUCCUGAUCACGGCUGUGGUCAAUGCCUCCGGGAGACGCUGAGAAGGGGGAGAACAUGUCGUUGCUGAAAAGUCCAUCAAGGCAUCAUUCUUUUUUUUAUGUUAAAAUAGUUUGAAUACAAUGUUUGGCAAUUGUCUUUGCCGUUUUUUUUUUUUCUUUUUCUGGAAAGCCUUAUAUCCUACAAAUUAAAAGUUACUCAAAAUAUUGCAUUUUAGGUUGGGACCACACACACACACACACGCACGCACACGCACGCACACACGCACACGCACACACAUGCACACACACUCACACACGCACGCACGCACAUGCACAUAAAUAAAUAAAAGGUCAAUUAACUUAAGAUAUUCUGUCCUU